UUAACUUUUGAAGCAAGAUUUUGUUAGAAGAAGAAAAAGAGGAAAAAGAAGAAGGAGCAGCACAACAACAACAACAACAACAACAAAUCAUCCUUAUCCAAUGAAUGAGUGUCCACAGAACUUCUUCCACAUCAUCCUGGUUCAGGACUCUUCAGAACCCCCCGAGGGAGAGUUCACCGCCAUGGUGUCCUCCAUACAUUCCAAGAGACUGAAGUACCUGUCUCUGGGGGUUCUCGUGUUGCAGACCACCACGCUGGUACUCACCAUGCGCUACUCUCGCACUCUAAAGGAAGAUGGCCCCCGCUACCUGGCCUCAUCAGCUGUAGUGUCUGCCGAAGUGAUCAAGAUCCUGGUCUGCACCCUUCUGGUUUUCAUGGAGAACAAUUUUUAUAUGAGGGCCACGAACCAGCAGCUGAAGGAGGAGAUUGUGAGCAGGCCUCUGGAGACCAUGAAGCUGGCCAUCCCGGCGGGAAUCUACACACUGCAGAACAAUCUACUCUACGUUGCCUUGUCCAACCUGGACGCAGCUACCUAUCAGGUCACAUACCAGCUAAAGAUUCUGACGACGGCACUGUUUUCCGUCUCUUUGUUGGGGAGAAGGCUGGGAUUCUAUCAGUGGAUGUCGCUCCUCCUUCUCAUGGCAGGAGUCACUUUAGUGCAGUGGCCCACGGCUUCUGAAGGAGAUUCAGAACAGAAAGUUCUGUCUGCGAGCAUCCAGUUUGUGGGUGUGAUGGCCGUGCUGAUGGCGUGCAUAUCCAGUGGCUUUGCUGGAGUUUACUUUGAGAAAAUCCUCAAGGAGACUAAACAGAGUGUGUGGAUUCGUAACAUACAGCUGGGUUUGUUUGGGUUUGUCUUUGGUACAAUAGGAAUGAUGGUGUAUGACGGUGAGAGAGUGAGACAGUCUGGAAUGUUUCAAGGCUACAACAAGAUCACCAGUAUAGUUAUUGUCUUACAGGCUUUCGGAGGCUUGGUCAUAGCUGUGGUGAUUAAAUAUGCUGACAACAUCCUCAAAGGUUUUGCUACCUCUCUGUCCAUCAUUAUGUCUACGCUUAUCUCCUAUUUCCUGUUGGAAGACUUCAGCCCUACUCGUACGUUUUUCUCAGGGGCAGCGAUGGUCAUGGCAGCCACAUUUCUGUACGGCUACGAGCGCAAACCUGCUAGUGGCAGUGCUGUAAAAGUAUAAAGGAGAGAAGUCCUCCUGCCGGCAAUACUAUAAACAGAGCAGGACUCUGUGAAGUGUGGGAACAAGAUGGGUGUGUGGGAAGGAAAAAAAAAAAAAAAAACUGUUACAGAUCAUCUGCAAGGACUCUGAACAGAUAUGCCCCUGGAUCACUGCAACUUUGCCUAGAGAAUGAGAAAACUGAUAUUUGACAUCCAGAUAUAAUGCUGUGUGAGAGAAAAGACAACAUGAUAAUCAAGUACUGUGGAAUCUUGUUAGAGGGGCAGGACAUGAUUUUAAUUUUGUGAAAGAAUUGGUUACUGAAUACCAAGUAUUCUUUGUCUACAGUGAUGUGUGUGCCAAAUUCAAAGAGAAAAAAAAUCUUGACUGAGCUUCCAUCUAGUGGUGGAAAGACAGGCAAAAAUAUGCUUUUUAAAGAUGCUCAAGAAAAUAAAGAGAUGUGAGAUAAAGAUCA